CAUUUUCGUAUUCAUUUUACAAAUACAUUCCGGACAUUGCAGAUUUGGAGAGAGGCUGAAGCUGUCAGGUUCAAAUAGUUGAUUUAUUCCUUCUACCCAUCUUUUCUUCUUAAAUUUUUGUAAACAUACCUUUUCUGCGUUCAUUUCAUUAAUUUUGACCAAAUCGUAUUUCCAUAUUUCCUAAAGAAUAAGAAUACCAUUCUAAUCAAUGUCACCGAUCCUGUUCAAUCGUCCGCGUAUCCUGGUGCUGCUCAUAGCUCUGGGAAUUAUUGCAACCAGUUUAAUUGUCACAUCGUACCACCACAAUUACUGGGGCGCACUCGAAGGAUGGUCACCCCCAGAAAAACCUCAUCAUAGCCCACACCACCCACACCGCCAGCCAAUCGAAGACCAAAUGCUGCUUGAUCGCCUGGCAAUCAUAUUUCCAAUUAACAACAACACAGACUUGCAGUUCUACCGUAACACUUGGUUCGGUGACUACCUGUACCCAGUGUGCGACUGGGAGGAGCCAGGGUGCAAGAUAGUGUGCAACAAGACCUCAACAUACCGCACGCUGGAUGAAAAGACGCUUUGUUUUUCAAGGGCCAUCAAGUCGUAUGAUAGUAUAGAAUUUUUUAUCAAGCUUGACGAUGACUCGUUUGUCGACAAGGGGUACGUACUCGAUUUGAUGAGAAACAACACAGGAUCCGACCACCCUGUAUACAUUAGCCACCACACCAGAUUGGGCGACAGGGGUAAUCCAGAUACACUAAAUCGCGUGUUAUACGGGAAUGGCAAAUUCUACAUGUUCAACCGAAAUCUCGUCAAGUGCUUGGAUACAGAAUUCAAGUACCAUGGUCCGAGAAACGAGGACUUUGUAUUUGGCGGCAUGGUCAAUUCUGGGUGUGGUGAGCAAAACGUGUAUUAUAUUCAGGAGGAUGAUAAUUUUAUCUGGCAUAAGCGGUAUACUCACAAGAACAAGGACAUUAAUUUGGGAUAUAUCAAAAACCACUAGUUGUUAAUUUAAUACAUUGUUACAAUUGCAAAUAUAAAGAUUAG